AGACUUCGCGGCUCUGUCCGUGCCCAUUCUCCUGGCGGCGGUUGGUGGGUCCGCAGAGUCGGCGGCUGCGCGUUUACCUGUCUCCCGUGGAACUCCUCGCACUGGCCCACCUCAUCCCGACGCUGGCCUCACGGACCGGGGCGCCGGCCCGAGCGCUGCCUCGGAUUAGGUGUCGGUCGAAGUCGGCAAGCCCCAGCUUGUCUCCCCGCGGCUCGGCCAGGUCCGGACUGCUGUCGCCUCGUCGCCAUGGCGCCCACCAUCCAGACCCAGGCACAGCGGGAAGAUGGCCACAGAUCUGGAGUGGUCUGCCGAGUCAAGUACUGCAAUAGCCUCCCUGACAUCCCCUUCGACCCCAAGUUUAUUACCUACCCUUUCGACCAGAACAGGUUUGUUCAGUACAAAGCAACUUCCUUGGAAAAACAGCACAAACAUGACCUCCUGACUGAGCCAGACCUGGGGGUCACCAUUGACCUCAUCAACCCUGACACCUACCGCAUUGACCCCAAUGUACUCUUAGAUCCAGCUGAUGAGAAGCUUCUGGAAGAAGAGAUUCAGGCCCCCACUAGCUCCAAGAGGUCUCAGCAGCAUGCAAAGGUGGUGCCAUGGAUGCGGAAAACAGAGUAUAUCUCCACUGAGUUCAACCGUUAUGGCAUCUCCAAUGAGAAGCCUGAGGUGAAGAUUGGGGUUUCUGUAAAACAGCAGUUCACUGAGGAAGAAAUUUACAAAGAUAGGGAUAGCCAGAUAACAGCCAUUGAGAAGACUUUUGAGGAUGCCCAGAAGUCGAUCUCCCAGCAUUACAGCAAGCCCCGAGUGACACCGGUGGAGGUCAUGCCCGUCUUCCCAGACUUUAAGAUGUGGAUUAAUCCAUGUGCUCAGGUAAUCUUUGACUCAGACCCAGCCCCCAAGGACACGAGUGGUGCAGCUGCAUUGGAGAUGAUGUCUCAAGCCAUGAUCAGGGGCAUGAUGGAUGAGGAAGGAAACCAGUUUGUGGCCUACUUCCUGCCUGUGGAAGAGACAUUGAAGAAACGAAAGCGGGACCAGGAAGAGGAAAUGGACUAUGCACCGGAUGAUGUAUAUGACUACAAGAUUGCUCGGGAAUACAACUGGAAUGUGAAGAACAAAGCUAGCAAGGGUUAUGAGGAAAACUACUUCUUCAUCUUCCGAGAGGGUGAUGGAGUUUACUACAAUGAGUUGGAGACCAGGGUCCGCCUAAGUAAGCGCAGGGCCAAGGCUGGGGUUCAGUCGGGUACCAAUGCCCUGCUUGUGGUCAAACACCGGGACAUGAAUGAGAAGGAAUUAGAAGCCCAGGAGGCACGGAAGGCCCAGCUGGAGAACCAUGAACCCGAGGAAGAGGAGGAAGAGGAAAUGGAGACAGAAGAGAAAGAAGCUGGGGGCUCAGUGAUGCGGAUUCAGAGGACGCCGACUCUGAUGACGAAGACAGAGGACGGGCCCAUGGUAGUGACAAUGAUUCAGAGAGUGGCAGCGAUGGAGGUGACCACCGGAGCCCCAGUCCCAGCCGCAGCCCCAGUGGCAGCGCCAGUCCCUUCCCCAGUGGCAGUGAGCACUCAGCCCAGGAGGAUGGCAGUGAAGCCCCAGCUUCUGAUUCCAGCGAAGCAGACAGUGACAGUGACUGAGUCCUUUCAGGGCUGGCGCAGACAUGAUUAUUAUGUGCAGGAAGGCACUUUUCUGUGGUGUAUUUGUGAGCCUUUCACUGUUUCCCUUCCCUCCUCCAACCCUUUGCUGUUAAUAAAACCAGUUUCUCCCCUUCCCAGUCCUUAUGGUCUCCUUCUGUCUACAUCGCCCCCCUCGCACUCCAUCACCUUCUCCAUCCCUACCCCCGGUACUCAGUGGCCUCAGCUUAACGGCAUAGAAGCAAAGGCCACAGGUUUUCAAGGAAAUGUAGCAUAACAAAGAUCAGAAUCCUUUUUUUGUUAUGUUGUUUCUUUUUUUUUUUUUUUCCAAAAUAAGCCCAGACCAUUAAACAAGUGAAACGCCAACAAAUAAAUCUCCAACAGCGAGAAAAACUGUACAGUUACUCAAAGCUGAUUCUGCCAGUGGGGCUGGGGAUAGAAGGGAGGGUGAA